UUACCAUGAGAUCAUGUUGAAAAUACUUUCCUGCUUCUGCAGAAAACAAAAGAUAUUUUGAGAAAUGACACAAGUGUGAAAUGAUGACAUGACGAAAUGAUGAUGUUUCUAAUUAAAUUUCCAGAGAUUAUAUUUUACCCACACAGACACUAUCGGACCAUCAGCACCAGUAUCAUAAAUAUGUGUGACCGACCAGCAGUUAUUUCUAGUGGUGGUUGAUUACGAGCUGUAGAGAGUGUGUGAUGUUGCUGUUUGAGUGUAAAUCUCUAGGUGGAGUAGAUCAACCAACUGUUGGUGGUAAAAGAAAAGGAGCUUCUGUCAGCAAACAGGAAUCUCAUUGGGGGAUGCAGCAGGGUAUGUGGCGUGUGGCUCCGCCUCUAAGUGUGUGUGUGUGUGUGUGUGUGUGUGUGCUCAGUCCAACAGAGGAAUGGCUUCUUCUCAGGAACUAGUUCUUCAGUCUGGAUGUGAGGAUGGCUCCGGCUCCCAGACUUGAUCUCUUUCUUCAGUCUUCCUCAGGUUUCUAUCCUCAGACGCACUGCUGAUGAAUGGGGAAAUGCUCAAAGCUGUUUCAGGUCAACAGACUGAAUAAUGUGAGAUGAUCCGCUGAUGGCCGGCGUCACUGACACUGAGAUGUCCCAGUGUCACUCCUGUGGGGCGUUUCAUCAUGUGAUCGGGAAGGUGGGGGUUAAGGGGCGGUGCCACGGGCUGUCAAUCACACAUAGUGUCCAGGACAACCAGUUCUGUGCCGUCAAUCCACGCUUCAUCGCCGUGGUGACCGAGUGUGCAGGAGGCGGGGCCUUCAUUGUCAUUUCUGUCCGUCAUACGGGCCGUGUGAGUCCUCUGCAUCCGCGUGUGUGUGGUCACAGCGCUCGUGUGCUGGACGUCAAGUGGGACCCGUUUAACGACCUGCGCAUCGCUUCCUGUUCCGAGGACUGUACGGUGAAGGUGUGGAACAUCCCUCCUAACGGACUGAAGGACGACCUGACGGUUCCCAGUGUAGAUCUGCUCGCUCACGGCCGCAGGGUUUCGCUCAUCGAGUGGCAUCCAACCGCCAGAGACCUGCUGUUAAGCUCCGCCUACGACUGCAAGGUGUUUGUGUGGCGUUUAGACACUCCAGAGGUGCCGGUGUGUGUGAUAAACACACACUCUGAGCUGGUGGUUUGUUUGAGUUUUAAUGCAGAUGGGAGUCUGUUGGCCACGGUCUGCAAAGACAAGAAGAUCCGAAUCAUCGAGCCGCGGACUGGACGAGUGCUGCAGGAGUCUUGCUGUGGCUCUCGUAAAGUGUCCCGGAUCCUGUUCCUGUGGGAUCUGAAGAUGCUGGUGUCCACGGGAAACUCUUGCUGGAACCAGAGACAGUUUGCCCUGUGGGAUCUGGAGGAUCUGUCUGAGCCGUUGCUGGAGGAGGAUUUGGAUGGAGGUUCGGGGGUCAUUUUCCCGUUUUAUGAUGCCGACACACACAUGCUGUAUCUGGCUGGAAAGGGUGAUGGUAACAUUCGGUAUUAUGAGGUCAGUGCGGAGAGACCCUUCAUUCACUUCCUGUCUGAGUAUCGGUCUACGUCGCCUCAGAGAGGCUUGGGUGUGAUGCCCAAGCGUGGUCUGAACAUCAGUGUGUGUGAGGUGUUCAGAUUCUACAGACUGCUCACCGUCAAACAUCUGCUGGAGCCGCUGAGCUUCUGUGUGCCGCGGACGCGGUGUGAGGGUUUUCAGGAGGAUAUUUAUCCGGCCACAGCAGCCAAUGAACCGGCCCUGACCGCAGACGAGUGGCUGAGGGGACAGAAUAAAGGGCCGCUGAUGAUGUCUCUGAGACCUGGAGCUAAAGCUCUCGACUCGACUGAAGCAGAGACUCCGGCCAAUCAGGACGCAGAACACCCCCCUGACAUCAUCGCACUCGACUCGACUGAAGCAGAGACUCCAGCCAAUCAGGACGCAGAACACCCCCCCGACAUCAUCGCAGACCUACAGGACUGGACGGAGGACGACACUGAGAGCUACGACUGGAUCUCCUCACGCACAUGCUCAGAUCUGAGCCGGGCCGAGCCCGCAGAGGUGUCGUGUCACCAGAUUCAGAAUCUGCAGGAGCAACUCGAGCAGAGAGACGAGAAAAUACGACAACUGGAGCUGGAGCUGAAGAACAUGCGAAACCACAUGAGAGCGUCCUUCUGACGGCAGCCAAUCACAGCAGGCACCCAAUCACAGCAGCCAAUCACAGAAGAGACUGUGGAAAAGACUGAGUCGUGUGAACUGUUGCGAGGAAUCGUGUAUGUAAAUACAGUUUAUGUUGAUUCAUACUGCUAAACUUCACGCAGUGAUUGACAGGGUGGAUGGGGCGGG